AUGUCAUUGAAGAUUGUCUAUUCUGCAGAUCAAACUCCUACUCUGUCGGAAAAGUUGCAGAAGCGUCUCGUCGCAUUUGAGAACACCACGCAUACUGCCUGUGUGUGCCUACGUAUGUCUCCAAGCGAGAAAGGCUGCGUCUACACUCGUUCAUCUGGCGAUGGUGAACCAAUUACGACUACCAUCAAUCCCGGCGAUCUCGAUAUAACACGGGAGAACUGCAAUGUUCUUAGUAAAGAAUCCAUUGGAACGAGAUUACAUCUGGACUAG